GAAAGGCGCUUCCGCAAACUGGGUGACACUAGAGUAUUAAGUUUAACCUGGCACCAGAUGGACAUAGCUCCUGGUCAUUUAACAGGGAGGGUAAACAGGUGGUGCAGACACCGAGCCCGGGAAAUGAACUGACGACGCGCUGCUGAUGCCCCAGCUUCGCCCGCCGCCCCCUUCUGUCCCGGGUGCCACCUCCUCGUCUGUGGUGACCUCGUCCGCCCUGCGGGGGACGGACCCUCCCGUUGUGGGCUCCCCGCCUUGGGCUGGGCUCAUGUUUUCUCCAUGAUUAGGCUGAGGCUGUGCGUUUCGGGCAGGAAUCCACAGAGGCGAGGCCGGCCCUCGGCGCCCCGACUCGGGGGUGCCGGCCCUGGUGGCGCAUGAACGUUUAAAUAGUGGUGUGAUUUGUAAAACCGGUUUUUCCCAUCAGCGGGAAGGGUGAAGCGGCAAAGACCCAACCCUGAGAGGGCGGAGAGGUUACGGGAGGCGGCCGUGCGCCUCCUGAGCCGCCGUCAGAGCCUGCAGGACCUUCUGCUGGAGGUGGAAGGCGCGCCGAGGGACCGGCUGGUGGCCCCGCGCGGCGCCGCGCUCCUCGGUGGGUGCCAGCCUUUUCUCUGCGGCUGGGGUAUGGAAGGGCGCUUUUUGGGAAGUGGCCAUGCUUCGCCUGCAGCUCCGCUUUGUGGGAAGAAGCCUCAAGACUAGGGCUUCCAGUGGGAAUCCUUGCAGCCAGGAUGACGGCUUCUGGCAUAGGGCGGAUCUGUGAGGCUCUGGGGGAGCCCCGGCACCCCGUCCUGCUGAACGCAGAGCAAAGAAAGAAACUGUCUUCCUUGUUAGAGAUUGCUCAAUAUUUAUUGGCAAACAGUAUGUUCUGCCGUCUCUCCUUCUGUCAAGAAUUAUGGAAAGUGCAGAAUUCUCUGCUGCUUGAAGCAGUUUGGUGCCUUCAUACACAAAAGACUGUGAGCCUGCCGGAGCUGCUGGAAAGCUGCCCCAGCGUGCAGGCCGUGGCAGCCUGGCUCUGCUGGAACCUCCGUCUUCUGUGUGAGCAGAUAGAGGUGUCUCGUCAGGACACGGAUGUCGCCAGUGCUAUGCUUUCUGAUUUUGUGCGAAUAUUCGUUUUGAGGGGAUUUCAGGAAAACUCGGAUAUGAAGAGAAAUGUGGAGCACGAAAAGACGCCCCAGAUCGCGGCCGCUGUGCUGGAGAGGAUGUUGGCUUUUGCACUCAACGCUCUGGCUGCCGGCGUCCAGGAGGGAUCGUCGGCGCACAAGACCGUGAGACGCUGGGUCACCAUGUUCAGUGGGUAUCUGUACUGCAGUGUGGCUCCGGCGGAUUCUCCAAAGAGGUUCUUCCGCCACACCCUGACUCAGAUGCUCACCCAUAACCCCGUGCUGACAGUGUCCGAUGCCGUCCGCAUGCAGAGAGAAUGGAGCUUUGGGCGCGUCCACCCCCUGCUCACUGCCUGGUACUGCAGGCUCUUUGUGUUGCUGAGCCCAGAGGAGUUGGUCGGCCUUUUGCAAGAAGUUCUGGAAACACACGAGGUCAACUGGCAGCAUGUGCUCUCCUGUGUGUCUGCAUUGGGGGUCUGCAUGCCGGAGGCAUCACAGCUGGUCAGAGAUUGGGCGGCCCGUUUGCUGGCCCGUGCAUUCGAGAGCUAUGACCGAGACAGCUUGGCCACUGCUUUCCUGGUUGUGCGCCAGGCUGCUCUGGAGGGCCCCUCCGUUUUCCCAUCAUAUGCAGACUGGUUCAAGGCCUCCUUUGGGAGCGCUCGUGGCUACCACAGCCGCAGCAGGAAGGCGCUGGUGUUCCUCUUCAAGUUCUUGUCGGACCUCGUGCCCUUCGAAGCCCCCCGGUACUUGCAGGUGCACCUCCUCCACCCGCCUCUGGCUCCCAGCAAGUACCGGCUCCUGCUGACAGACUACGUUGCGCUCGCCAAGACGCGGCUGGCCGACCUCAAGGUUUCCAUAGAAAACACGGGGCUCUAUGAGGAUCCGUCUUCGGGGGGUGACGUCACCGAGCCCCACAGCCAAGCGCCUCAGGAUGUUGAAAAGGCCAUCAUGGUGUUUGAACAUACUGGGAAGAUCCCAGCCACCGUCAUGGAAGCCAGCAUCUUCCGGAGGCCCUACUACCUGUCUCACUUUCUCCCGGCCCUGCUCGCCCCGCGCGUGCUGCCGGAAGUCCCCGAUCCCCGUGCGGCUUUUAUCGAGUCCCUGAAAAGAGCAGACAAAAUCCCUCCGUCUCUGUACUCCACCUAUCGCCAAGCCUGUUCCACUGCUGAGGAGAAGCAGCAAGAAACCCCGUCCAUGACAGCAGAACCUGGCUCUGCCGAAGAGCCCCUGGGGGCACUGCAAGCUGCCCUGGGAGCAUUCAGAGCUGUGAUGGCAGACCCUGCCCGGCCUGACGUUGUGUCUGCUCACAUCACCGUGAUUUCCGAAAGGCUGAGCGCCGCCUUGGGUCGCAGCCAGGACGGUGGCAGCUCUGAGAUGUCCAAGAUUCAGCUCGACGUCCCAGCUCCAGGUCUGGGGCAGCAGGGAGCAAAGGUCGUGGACCUCUUGCUGACCUCAUUUUGUCAGAACCUGAUGGCAGCCUCCAGCUUCGCCCCACCAGAGAGGCAGGGUCCGUGGGCCGUGCUCUUCGUGAGGACGGUGUGUGGACGCGUGCUCCCUGCGGUGCUCGGCCGACUCCGCCAGCUGCUCUGCCACCAGGGCUCGAGCCUGAGGGCCCCUCACGUGGUGGGGUUGGCAGCCCUGGCCGUCCACCUGAGGGAGUACGCGUCUGUCCUUCCGGAAGUGGCCACAGGUACCCCCACCUCUGCGAAGGGCCUCUCGGCCGCCGAGUUCUUGGACGACGUGCUGACAUGCAGAACUGCAGCGUCCUGCCUUUUGAGCAUGAAGUUUUGCACAGCGGCAGUUUCUUAUUCUUUGUGCAGGUUUUCUUCCGAGUCACGUGAUACUUUGUACAGGAGUUUAUCUCCAAGUCUUAUGAAAAAGCUACAGUUUGUUGUGUUAAGAUUGUUCUCAGAAGCCCGAGAAACUGUGUGUCCAGAAGUCACAGCCGACACCCCCUGGGACUCCCUGCGCCUGCCGUCUGCAGACUGGAAGAGGGCGGCUCUCUGUCUGUGGAAGCAGAGAGCGUUUCAGGAGCUGUUGAAGGAGAAGGAAUUUCGUUUAACUUACAGAGACUGGUUACAGCUGGAGCUAGAAAUUCAACCUGAAGCAGAUACUCUUUCUGAUACAGAAAGACGGGACUUCCAGCAGUGGGCCAUCCACCAGCAUUUCCUCCCGGGGCCCUCCGCUGCGGGCGGCUGCGACGGGGACCUGGAGACAGCGUGCUCGGCUCUGGUCCAGGUGCUGCUGGACUUCUGCCAGAGUUCUUGGCAUUUCCGCCACCCGCAGAGCCCCAGCGCUGUCCUGGGCGACACAGGGAGCCGGGAUCUGUGCUCCAGGCUGCAGGAAAUGGUCACUGACCUGGAGCUGGAACGGGCCGGAGCGGCCGGUGGUGCCCAGCCCCGGCCCCGGGGACACUUCCUCUUUGGGAUUUUCCACACACGGCUCCAGGCUCUGGGGAGUGGAUCCACGGUGGCCUCCCGUCUGCUGAGGGAGCAGGAGCUGCUCAUGUACAGACGGCUCCUCCUCAGCCUGCCUGCAUCCAUCCUGUUCGCCAGCCCUGGGAUGGGAGAGCCGGCCGCUGUGGACUGCGAAGAGUUCCUCCACUUGGUCGACUCGGAGUUGAGACAUGUCUGCUCCCGCGGAGGUGCCCUGAGCCACGACCUCACAGCUCACUUCCUCAGGGGCCUCCUGUGUGCCUGUCUGCGAUGCAGAGACCCCCCCCGCACGGCGGACCUGACCCUGCGUGCCUGCGAGACCCGCUGCCCUGUGAUCCUGACGUCUGCCCUGCUGUGGUGGCCCCGCCUGGAGCCCGUGCUGAGCUGGCAGUGGGCCAGGUCCUCCCAGGGCCCUCUGCCCCAGGAGCUACAGCGGCUGCAGGAGAGUCUGCAGCGAGCUAGCAGCCUCCUCUCCCUGGACGCAGCCCCUCCGGCGCCUGGCCCAGCCUGGGUCUCAGCCGCUGCCCUGCACUUUGCCAUCCAGCAGGCCGUGAGAGAAGAUGCCGGGAGAGACUUCAAGGGGCUGCUGGCCUGUGAGGGCGAGGAGGUGUUAGUUUUCCUUUUCUUCUUCUCCUUGAUGGGCCUGCUCUCCUGCCACGUGACGUCUAACGAGGCCGUUGGUCCCCAGAAGGCUUUGGGCAUCUGUGCUGAGAUCCUUGGGUGUUUGCAGAAGAGGAGACUGCCCUGGCUGGUGCUCUUCCAGGUGACCAGGACAGACACCGGGCUGGGGCCAGUCCGCCGCGCGGCCCCCGACCAGCUCGUCAGGCUGCUGCCCGUCGCCUUCUUCAGCCUCCUUGGCCACUUUGACAGAGACGCCCUCCUCGGGGACGCGGCCUUCCUGGGGGUGGUGGUGGACAUGUACCUGCGGCUGCUCCAGCUCUUUGUGGCCGGGGAGACCAGUCAGAGCUCAGCACAGCCGCUCCAGGAGCAGGGCGACCCUUUAGGACUGGUAACCAAAGCUCGUGUUUUUCUGCUGCAAUUGAUACCUCAGUGCCCACAAAAGAGUUUCAUGAACAUGGAAGAGCUCCUGGCCACGUGCGAGGACUUGGACCCAGAGGUGAACGCUGCCCUCCUGAGCAGGCAGCAGUGGGGAAAUCUGCCUCUGGCUCCAAGUCACUCCACGGCUGAACCCGCGGAGACGGCCCGAGAGGCUGAGACAGCUGCACAUGUGCUGAGCCCAGCUGCCCCGUCACGCUGGGCCUGGAGGAAAGACCCUGCCUAGGAACGAUGUCUGCACACCUGGUUUCCUUGGGCUGCUUGACGUCCCUAUCCCAGCUGCCAGAAUCAGGUGGGCUCAGGCUUCACGACCUGGCUCGCAGCAUCUCCUGAGGGGCUCGGCAGCCUGGGGGGUGGCUCUGCCUCCAGGGCUUUGGCUCGCUCCUGCGUCUGCGUCAGUGGGUGCACCAUGGACAUGUGGACGUUGAGGUUGUGGGCCUUCUCAAACCGCCGGCCGCACUGGUCACAGGCGAAGUCCAGCUCGGUCUCUGCCUUGUGCUUGGUCAUGUGGUACUUGAGGGACGCCCGCUGUCGGCACUGGAAGCCGCAGACCUCGCACCUGGGGGCGGGGUGGGCCGUGAGUGAGCAGCGGGCACCUGGCUAGGGUUGCCCUGCAGGGAGGAGCACCCAUGAUUAAACUCAACUUGGAGUAAGCAGAAGGAGGCUUCAGGUUGUGUAAAUGUUACUAGAAUAAAAACAAAACCACCAGGACUAACACCACAGUGAACCUAACGUAAACAAUGGACUAGAGUUAAUGGUGCAAAUAUGAAAAAUGUUCUUUCAUGAACUGUAACAAGGGAAGCAUACUAAGAUGAGAUGUGCUAAGAGGGUGCUGCACAGGAAGCCUGUAUUUUACUGUGAAUCUACCACUUCUCAGAUCUCUGCACCCCGAACAGGCAGAGGAGGCCCCACCCAGGCCCACUCACCACAGCCCCCCCCUGCACCCACUCACUGCAGGGGCUUGGCUCCCGAGUGGCGCAUCUGGUGGACAAGAAGGUGCUUCCGCUGCUUGAAGGUUUGUCCGCACUCAUCACAGAUGUAAUUACGCACCUCUGAAAGGCCCAAGGGGUGAGAUGCGGUUACCUGAGUGCCCAAAUCACCUGGAAGGAUGGUUCUACUACAUUCAAGACAAAAUGAGGGGAGGCCAGGCACACGGCCUCUGAGGACCUAACUGUUUAGAGAUGAAAGACAAAUUUAACAGAAACUUCUAAACUGCUCGGCAAAGGUUUCCUUUGGGUGGGACUGCCUCUUAGCAGGUGGUGUAUCUGAAGCCUGCACUUGAAGAUAAACAUUAGAAUUCCUCCAUCCUCAACGCCCAAUUCUCAGAGGAAGCCAAGUCAGUGAGGCUUUAGGUCACUGGGGGUAAUUCAGCCCUCUCUUGGUGCCCCUGGGGAAGGGUAAAUGGGUGGGUCCAGCAGAGGAAAUGAGCUUCCACAGUUUCUCUCAUGUCCACAGCCCCGGAACCCUGCACGGAAACAACACCUCAAAACCACCUUUGCCUGGCUAGGUACGAUCCACCCUGACGUUUUAUAUUUUGUGUGUCCUUUCUCGGGUCUUAAAAAAUGCUGCUCAUGACCAUCUGCAAGUGGACAAAGACUGGCUGCUGUGAGCUGACUCACAAGUGCACACGAUUACAGCCAGGACAGCACCUACGGCCCAACAACAACAGGCUCAGAAACACCAGAGGGAAGAGCCGCCAGGCAGGACGUCUGUUUCAAAAUCACUUACAGAGCUCAACAAGCAAAGCUGCCUGCUGUUUAGAGCUCACAUGUAUAAGAUAAAUCUACUUCUAUAAAAAGACAAGGAAAAUUGGAGAGCACAGUUGUUCCCUGCUGGGAAGGACCUAAGGUGGGGCACUCAUGCCUGACCCAUGUGUCGCACCACACCACAGCACUGGGGGCCCUCACUGGGGUGUGUAGGCCACAUUGCAUAAUGUGUAUACAUAGAAAACCCCCAAAGAGCCUGCCCUGACCCACUGACACUGGUGAUGUGUGACUGAGGGGUGCUUACUGCCUUUUUUACACUUGUCUUUUUAAGAUGUCUUGCAAUGCACAUGUUACAAAAGGCACGAUAUGUGUUUAUAAAAACAGCAAGAGCCUCACGGAAGAGCCCAGGGCUUGCUUUGCUAUCGGUGCUGAAAGAGGAGGAGCCCAGGCAUUGCCCGCUCCUUGUGAUGUUGCCAGGCCCAGCCCUGAAGGACCAAGGAGGGAAGAGGGAGCUGGGUAAAGCCAUCCCAGGCCUUCUCCUGCCCACCUGACCCCCAGCCCUAGCUGCCUGGCCCACGGUCACCUGUGUGGAUGAGCUUCACGUGGCGCUGCAGGUAGCGGUCAAUCAUGAACACCUUGUUGCAGCCGGGGUGGGGGCAGGGCCUCUCGCGGACCUCCUCGUGGUGCUCCUUGAUGUGCUUCUGCAGGAGGCACCAGUCAGCAAGCACCACCAGACGGUGCCCCCCCACCAAGGGUCUGCCCAGGCCCCUCACCCAAACAUUUGGCACACGUGCCGUGCUGCUCCACACACCCCCUCGCUCAGGCGCGUGCUCGGCCUGCAGCCCAGCAGGCCUGCUCACCUUCAUGCCGUCGGCUCCGCGGUACACGGCUGUGCAGCCCUGGUAAGGACACUUGAAGAUGGUGGGCAGCUCCUCCCUGGAACGCAGGAUGUGUGUGGCCAACACCAUGGGGACCCUGUGCCCAGCCCGCCGCCCCAAGCUGACUCCUGACCCCACUGACCUUUCACACCUGAGCUGCUUUUUCCAGCCAGGUUUGGGCCCAGGUUUCUUGCGAAUUUUUGGUUCUUCAGACUUCUUGGCUUCUUUGCUAUCACUCUUCUUACCAGAGACCCUGAGAAGAAAACGACCAGACUCGGCAAUCUGAGGUGCCACAGUGGGGCUGGUGGCUGAAGGCACGGCCACCGUCACAGUGCCCUUGCCACAGGAGAGGAUGUGCUCAGACAAAGCUCGGCCCUGUGUCAGAAUCAAACUAUUAGAUGUUUUGUAGAAAAUCACCAUCGGAAGGUGCAAAGGAGCUGCCGCCCCCCUUCAGGGCAGGAGGAGGCCCCACCUUCUGGGAGAGGCUCAAGCUGAGCCAUGCCCCACCCCGCAGCCCGAGAGCUGCUCGCUUGUGCCCACCUGGAACGCAGGGUGCUCGUGUGCGGUCAGGGCCUCAGUGGCUACCACACUGCAGCUCAUUUUGCCUUCCCCCUGCUCGUGCCUCCUGAUGGUCGGGGCUAAGGAGCCGACAGGCAUGGGCUGGAGCUGCCUAGGAGCCACAGCACGGGCCUGGCUGCCCAGGUGGCGUGCUGCAGCCGCAACCCCAGCUACCCUGUCGGGCAGCCCCUUUGCACAGCAGGUACCUGUUCCUGCUCGGGGGUCCUUGUCAGGUUGAGGGGCUACCCUGAGUGCACAAAGCUGGUGGGGAAUGUUCCCGCUACCCACAGGGCAGGACCCGUCUUGUCCCAAUGAGGCCUGCAGCCCCUGCCCACCCAUCCCCUCAAUCCACAGCCCAGCCCUCUUGGAGGCCCCAGAGCUGUGGGACGGCAGAGCCAUGAAGACACCAGGCCACUCCUGGGUUUCAGACCAGCCCGGGGGGACCCUGGACCACAGCCUUGGGCUGCCCUCAGCUACAUGUCUUGGAGGCAGACGAGGGUCUCAGCACCACCCACCAGGGUCCUGACAUUCUGACUUUGAUCCCCCCAUACCGCCUCCUUCCUCCUCUGCUUCUCUCCUCACCAGAGACGGAACUUCAGUGAAAUAAAGGAAGUCAUGUGGA